UGUACUGGCUAAGUGUGUACUAGGCAUAAAGCUAAAAUACAUUAGAGGGUAUAGUUAUAAUCUUCAUGUGUCUGAAUUUGAUUUUGAAGUUUCUUAUCAUUAUCUAAAACCAGUCUGAUAAGAAAUGUUUGGUAAAUACGACCUUGUAAGACAAAAGACAAGUUUUAUUUGCAUAUUAUUACUGCGAGAGCAAACUCGUUUUUAAUAGAAUAGAGAUAAGUUAUUAGAAAAGUUUAAAAAUGCAUGCAUUAAAGAGAGUGAUAAAGUUAAAAACAAAGAACGAACACAAUUAUAUUCGAACACUAUGUAAAUCAUGUUUACAGAGCACGGUUCCCGAUAUAAGAAUUUACGAAGUUGGACCUCGAGAUGGCUUACAAAAUGAGUCCAAAUUUGUACCUACUGAUAUGAAAGUGGAACUUAUACAUAAACUUGCUGCAGCUGGUAUCAAAAAUAUUGAAUCCGCAAGUUUUGUAAGUCCAAAAUGGAUGAAACAAAUGAGUGAUGGUGUUGAAGUAAUGAAAACCAUUAAAAGAAGUCCUGGAGUAAAUUAUCCAGUACUGAUACCCAAUUUAAAAGGCUAUGAAACAGCUAUAAAAUGCAACAUUGAAGAAAUUGCCAUAUUUCCUGCUGGAUCAGAAGGAUUUUCACAGAAAAAUUUAAAUUGUUCUGUUGAAGAAGGCUUAAAAAGAUUUAAAGAAGUCGCUGUUCAGGCUAUAAAAGACGGUUUGAGGGUUCGAGGCUAUAUAUCUUGUGUUGUGGGAUGCCCAUAUGAUGGUCCCAUUCAUCCUAAAAUUAUAGCCAAGAUAACAGAAGAGCUGUUUGCAAUGGGUUGCUAUGAGGUGUCACUGGGCGAUACAAUAGGAGUGGGCACGGCCGGAUCGGUGAAAAAACUUAUGCAUGAGGUGGUUAAAGUUGCUAAGCCGGAGAACUUAGCAUUACAUUUCCAUGACAGUUAUGGUCAAGGUCUCUCCAAUUUACUUGCUGGAUUAGAAUUCGGCAUUAAGACUGUGGAUUCAUCAAUCUCAGGUCUUGGGGGAUGUCCAUACGCUCGCGGGGCCACUGGAAACUUAGCAACGGAAGACUUAGUAUACUUUUUAUACGGCCUUGGAGUUAAUACCGAUGUUGAUUUGGUCAAAUUGAUCGAAGCAGGUCGUUAUAUUUCAAACUUCCUGGGAAAGAUGACCGAGUCGAGAGUAAAUCGUGCCAUUAAUGAUAGAUUUAAAAAUCAUAGCGACAUUGUUAAAAUAGCUACAUGCACAGUCAAUUAAAUGGAUGACUGAAGUUAAUGUAAAUUUCCAUGUACAAAGUGUAUAAUAAAUCUAUCAAUUUUUA